CAGUUCACAAACAUCUUCCACUCUCAUCACUCGACCACUGGCUUGAGCGGUAAUACAACUUCCCACCGCAAUGUUGCAUACUUCAGUCUCGAGGAGCUCACUCUUCCGUCUCUCGCCGAGAUUGAGGCUUGGGACGCUGACUACGAUGGUCGUUUCCUUCAGGAAGACCAAUCUCUCAGGACGUCGGCCGGCGAACCUUGCCCGUUGACCGCCGUCGACCCACGCCUGCUGGACAAGGACGUCUUCCUCCACUGGAACGCAGACCAAAAUCUGAAUCAAGAAGCAUUGCUAGCAGUAUACUCUCCGCAGGCCCCGAACCAGCCAUUCUCCAACGAGAAUGCUUCCUCGCCACCCACGGAUGCUGCGCCAUCAGCAGAUCGCUUCUGCAUGCUGUGCGAGAAAGCCUUCAAGUAUCCCAAGGACUUCCGACGACAUUGGCAGAGCGUUCAUGAAAGCAGCUUCGAUUACGAGUACAAAUGUCCUGUGCAGACUUGCAAGUAUCAUUUACUAGGCUUUGCUCGGAAGGAUAACCGAAAGAGACAUGUGAGAAAGAAGCAUCCGAAUUUUGCUUUGAUGUUGGCUUAG